AUGCAUCCGCCCGUCGCACAACAGCACGGCUCGGCUCACCCGCACCAACACGCGCAGCAGUAUUCGCCGGCGCAGCAGCAGCACUAUGUGAAGAUCUGCGAGCUGCGGCCCGCGCCAGGCAAUGUGGUGAACACCGUCUUCAUCCUCCUCGAGAAAUGGCCGGCGGCGCGGGUGAGCGAGGGAGGGGCGGUGGUUUGCACGGCGCUGGUGGCGGAUGGCACGGCGGCGGUCCACAUGCAGCUGUGGGGCGCGGAGGUGGACGCGCUGCAGCCGGGGGACAUUGUGCGCCUCACCAGCGGCCUCUCUCCAUCUGGUACCAUCCCCCAUUCCCCACACCCACCAUUCCCCACACCCACCAUGCACCACACCCACCAUGCACCACACCCACCAUGCACCACACCCACCAUGCACCACACCCACCAUUCCCCACACCCACCAUGCACCACACCCACCAUGCACCACACCCACCAUGCACCACACCCACCAUGCACCACACCCACCAUUCCCCACACCCACCAUGCACCACACCCACCAUGCACCACACCCACCAUUCCCCACACCCACCAUGCACCACACCCACCAUGCACCACACCCACCAUUCCCCACACCCACCAUGCACCACACCCACCAUGCACCACACCCACCAUUCCCCACACCCACCAUGCACCACACCCACCAUGCACCACACCCUCCAUCCCCUACAUCCCCAUUGCUUCUCCACUAAAUCCACUCUACCCCUCUUCCCCCGUCCUCCUUUCCCCGUCUCGCUCGCCCCUCCCCCCUCCCACUCCCCCUUGCUCUUUUUCCCCAUUGCUCCCCACUGCGCGUGCGCUGGCCCUGGUGGGCAGCAUCUUCUCGUUCCACAAGUCGAACCUGGUGCUGCGCGCGGGCAAGAAGGGCGCUCUCGAGAAGAUCGGCGAGUGCGUUGCGCCAUGCUCGCACCAUGGGGGAGCGUGCAUGGCAGGGGGGAGAGAGGGCGGGUGGGAAGGGGUAGAUAGGGGGAGAGAGGGAGGGAGGGAGGGUGGAUGGGGCAGAGAAGAGAGAGUGGGACAGAGCAUGCUGCACUCCCCACCCGCUGUUGAGUCCGGGCCUGCUCUGCCACCCUCCUCUCUCUCUCUCUCUCUCUCUCUCUCUCUCUCUCUCUCUCUCUCUCUCUCUCUCUCUCUCUCUCUCUCUCUCUUUCCCUCCCUCCCUCCCUCCCUCCCUCCCUCCCUCCCUCCCUCCCUCCCUCCCUCCCUCCCUCCCUCCCUCCCUCCCUCCCUCCCUCCCUCCCUCCCUCCCUCCCUCCCUCCCUCCCUCCGUCCCUCCGUCCCUCCCUCCCUCCCUCCCUCCCUCCCUCCCUCCCUCCCUCCCUCCCUCCCUCCCUCCCUCCCUCCCUCCCUCCCUCCCUCCCUCCCUCCCUCCCUCCCUCCCUCCCUCACUCACUCACUCUCUCGUGCUCUCCCCACCAACACGUCUCCCUCCAUCUCCUCUCACGGCUGGCCCGACCUGCAGGUGCCCAGGGGGGGAAUGCCUGCAGGCGGCAUGGCACCACAUGGCAGGUAG